CCUACUACUAUCACACUUCUAAUCACCUCACCCUCUUUCACCAAAGGUAAGUAAGUAUUGAAAAUACUGUGGUUUCUCUAAGCGACGUGACGCGUGACACCACAACAAUAACACCAGUUUCGAUUCCAGCCCUCUUUCCUUCGUCUCCCUCUUUUUUCUCUCUCCUCUCAUCACCCUGUUUACUACCCUCACUGCAUAACAUUCUAUUUCCAAGAUCCGUAUUUGAACCGUUCUCCAAAGGUUCAAAAUAUCUUUCUACAUAUCCGCAUUGUUCAAGUCCUCAAGUAGCUGGACAACUCCGCUUCUCGUGGCGUUUUCUGUCGCGUCACUUUACCCACCUUCCACAAGCACAACCAGUCAAGAUGCGCACCCGUUCUCAGCAAGCGUCGCCUGGUGGCUUCGUUUCUCUCGAUACCGAACGUGCCCCUCGUCGCACAAGAUCUACAAGGGCUGCUUCUCAGCAGAGCAGUUCUCAACCUGAUACAUCUGAACAUGGAUCUGAACAGACCGCUGAACCUGUAACACAGUCUGCGACAAGGCCCAAAAGCAAGCGCACAGUGAAAAAGGCGACCACAAAAAAGACCUCCCCAAGUACUACUACUUCACAGACCGAGAAGGCUCCCAAACGAGUAACGCGAAAGACUACACGCAAGACAGACAACCCAGUGUCUGAUGAUGAAGAACAAAAAUCAAUUAACGAGGAACAUCCCGAGACUACGCAAGGAGAGGAGAAAGAAAACCCCGAAGCUAGCCCCGAGGAAUCCGUCUCUGCACAACCCACAGCAGAUAAUGCCCUCCUGGAACCUAGAAGCUCUGAGCUCAAUAGAAAGCGGUCUCAUACUCAGGCCACCUCUGAGACCCGCGCCGAACCCGAAACCCCCUACGCAAACAAGCGUAGAAACCUAGGACCCCCCGGAAGUACCCCGUAUGCUCGACGUCUCACUCACCUUUCCCGCCGCAUUUCCACGAAUUCUGUCCCAUAUUCUGAGAGGCUUCUGCGGCGCAGGGCAGAAAGCCAAGGCCGGAUCCAUAGGACUGUCUUUCGGCUUCCCCAACUUGUGGCUCAGACUGAAGCCGACCGUCAGGCGUCUGCGACUCCUCCUUUUAGCCCUUCCCCAGAGCCUUUGCAGACGGACUUCGAUUUUUCAGCCGAACAAACCCCGACCGACGAUCAAAAUGUUACAGAGCAGCCUGCUAUCUCUCAAGAGCCAUGCACACCAGAGCCCCCACGAAGAGGUUGGAAUAUCCGGGGAAUUUUUAGCUCCGUGCCUCGCUCGUUUUCUCGGUUUUUACCUUCAUUCAGCCGUACCCCUGAGAGGUCAGAAGUAUCAGUCGUUCAACAACCAGCCUCGGAGCGCGUCCAGCGCAUACAACUACCUGAAGCGGAUUCGACUGCCGUUGUUCAAAGAGAUUCUCAAUCUCGCCGUCGUUCAAGUGAACAGCCCCCGGUGAAACGUGCACGUAACCUCUCCUACUCUCUCUUUCCAGCCCCUAUCGAUAGGUCUCUUUACCUUGGGGAUCUUCCGACAAAACCCUCUAAAUCCCUUUCCUCGCUACAAGCACCGAAAAUUCAGCCGCUGGAGCAAGACGCUUCUCAGGAACCUGAGGCUGAAGAUUACACUGCCCGUGGACGUGACGGCAUCUCCCAAGAGCGCAACAUGACAGCCGAGACGGCGAAAAAGAAGCGCAAGCGCUCGUCUUCGCCCGAUGUUAUCCCAAACCCGGCUGGAUCUAGUUAUGGAAUGGAUCUAGAUUACUUCUGCUACAGCUCUGACAGUGACGAAGAGUCUGAACUUCCUGCUCCCCGAACUGAACCUAGAAAGGUUGAUGCUCUCGCUAAGAGUGCUGCCCAAAAUGCUAUCCAGUCGGAGCGGCCAGCGUCGAAGAAGGUUCGUUUCGAUGCAAGCCCCGAGGACACUCCGUCCAAACUCCGACUUGCUCGUGCCACCGAUCCGUAUCGUGGGAGACACUUCAUUGGGAUGGGUGGGCCUCAGACUUUCUCCGCACCUACUACUCCGACACCUGUAUCUCGCCCCAGUGAGCCUUCUCGUCCACCAGGUUUCAUUCCGAACAAGCAGGGAACUUUCCAGCUCGACUACGACGCCUUCUCCGACGAUUCUGAGUCCAGCGGUGCCCCUUCACCCCCUGACGUUCAUGCUCCUAGCGCUGUCCCCCAAACUCCUACUUCUACGCAGCCCAACACCGCCGAGAGUACUCAACCUUCUGCUUCACACCUUACUCCACGUCCAACGCUACCUCCUUCCACUCCCGCGAAAGUUGACGAAGAAGCCCUUGCGCGAGCCCGUUCUCAGGCUGAGAAAUAUAAACCGAAGACACCCAGUGGGCUUCGUACUACCAGUCGUUAUUCGAGCCCUCUCACCCUUACACCUGAUAUUAAUAUUACCCCUGCCCCCCCUGCGGAGGAGAUGACAGAGAAAUUCGGUGACGACCAGUUUGCACAGGACGCCCAGUGGUUGUAUGAAAACUGCCCAUCUGGUGAUCUUCGCCAGCUCGUGUGGCCUGCGAAACAGAGUUUUGCAGAAAGCCUUAAUGCUAGCCCAGCUGCACUUAAAAUUCUUUCUGAAAUCUGGGAUGAUGCUGAUGUUGACAAGGCCUAUGCUAUCUUCAAGCGCGAACUCCGAGAAUUUGAAAAGACCUUGGCAUAGAGGGAGUACAUGCUCAUUUUUGUUGUUUUGUGUUAGUGUUAUUCAUGUUCAUAUGGACCGGUUAAUCUUGGAGGUGUUGUUUAUUUAUUGGAAGGGGUCUGGUUGACAUGAUGGAAUUUGUUAUUUGUCUGUUUUUGUGUAUGGGAUUCGGCGUGUCCAUAUUAUUUGCAGCAUCUAAUGAUCUCGCCUCCAUGAUGAAAUUGUUGGCUAAGAGUUGGGCAUGCUUUUCAUCUGGAGUCAGAUUUUGCAGGAAAGUGUCUUUUUGUCUUUUUAUUCAUGCGUUUAUUAAGCAAGGAUUAUUACAUGGAAAGUUAUCUCCAGGCGUUGAAUAUUAGCCUUUCAUUUCA